ACGGGCGGGGGAAGGUCUCCGGCUAGCCUGGGCGAUGGCGGCCGUCAUGGCGGCGCUCGGGGUUGCCGCUGCGGGCCCAUGAGGCGGCCCUCCGGCCCUCACCCGCGCGCUCUCGCCACUAGGCAGCGAAGGGCGGCUCCGACUGUGCCGCCGCCGCCGCUGCUGCUCGCGUUUCCCAGGCCAUGGCGGGCGUCUUCGACAUCGACCUGGACCAGCCCGAAGAGGCGGCCUCGGACGAGGAGCUGGAGGAAGGGGGUCACUUAAGUGAAAGCAUGGACCAUGGGGGAGUCGUCCCAUAUGAGCUUGGCAUGGAGCAUUGUGAAAAAUUUGAGAUUUCAGAAACUAGUGUGAACAGAGGCCCUGAAAAGAUCCGCCCAGAGUGCUUUGAGCUGCUACGUGUCCUUGGAAAAGGUGGCUAUGGAAAGGUUUUCCAAGUUCGAAAAGUAACGGGAGCCAAUACUGGUAAGAUAUUUGCCAUGAAGGUGCUUAAAAAGGCAAUGAUUGUGCGAAAUGCAAAAGAUACAGCUCACACGAAAGCAGAGCGGAACAUCUUGGAGGAAGUCAAGCAUUCGUUCAUUGUAGACUUGAUUUAUGCCUUUCAGACUGGUGGAAAACUCUACCUCAUCCUUGAGUAUCUUAGUGGAGGAGAACUGUUCAUGCAGUUGGAGAGAGAAGGGAUAUUUAUGGAAGACACAGCUUGCUUCUACUUGGCUGAAAUUUCAAUGGCUUUGGGGCACCUGCAUCAGAAGGGGAUCAUCUAUCGAGAUCUAAAGCCAGAAAACAUCAUGCUCAACCACCAAGGUCAUGUUAAGCUGACAGAUUUUGGACUGUGUAAAGAAUCCAUUCAUGAUGGAACUGUCACGCAUACAUUCUGUGGAACAAUAGAAUACAUGGCUCCUGAAAUCUUGAUGCGGAGUGGGCACAACCGUGCUGUGGACUGGUGGAGUUUGGGGGCAUUAAUGUACGACAUGCUGACUGGAGCACCCCCAUUCACUGGGGAGAAUCGAAAGAAAACCAUUGACAAGAUUCUCAAGUGCAAACUCAACUUGCCUCCCUACCUCACGCAAGAAGCCAGAGAUCUGCUUAAAAAGCUGCUAAAGAGAAAUGCUGCCUCACGUCUAGGAGCUGGUCCUGGAGAUGCUGGAGAAGUUCAGGCUCAUCCUUUCUUCAGACACAUCAACUGGGAAGAGCUAUUGGCUCGGAAGGUGGAACCCCCAUUUAAACCGUUAUUGCAAUCCGAAGAGGAUGUGAGCCAGUUUGAUGCAAAAUUUACCCGUCAGACUCCUGUCGAUAGCCCUGACGACUCGACUCUCAGUGAAAGUGCCAACCAGGUCUUUGUGGGUUUCACAUACGUGGCUCCAUCUGUACUUGAAAGUGUGAAGGAGAAGUUUUCCUUUGAACCAAAAAUCCGAUCACCUCGCAGAUUCAUUGGCAGCCCACGGACACCAGUCAGCCCUAUCAAGUUCUCUCCUGGGGACUACUGGGGGCGAGGUACUUCCUCUGGCGUGGGAAAUGCUCAGGUGCCCGUGGAGUACCCAAUGCAGACAGGUGGGAUAGAGCAAAUGGACGUGUCAGUCUGUGGGGAGGCGUCUGCUCCGCUCCCUAUCCGGCAGCCAAACACCGGGCCCUACAAGAAGCAAGCCUUCCCUAUGAUCUCCAAGCGGCCAGAGCAUUUGCGCAUGAAUCUAUGAUGAAAUCAGCAGCAAUCAUUUCCAAAAACUUGCUUCUGGGUAGCAGCAACCGAACACGAAGGAUGAACCUAGUGCUCCUCGUCCUGUGAGGGGCGUCCCCUCUCAUCACGCUGUAAACGAGGGCUCCUGCGACUUCUUUCUCAGCGACAGUAUCAAAGUCGGCCAUUGCACGGAAUGAACUGGGAAAGAAGAGGGCAAAAAAAA